AUGAACAAUGAACUCAGUCAAACGGACCUGAAGCGGCGGAGCGAGAGCGCAAUCAACGAAAACAAAUUACGCAUGGGCACGCAGCCAGACCACCCUUCUCUAGGCCGCACUUCAACUCUCCUGGAAACAAAAACAGAAGAGGAGGAAAUAGAACAUGAAAAACAAAACAGAGAGAGAACAUUCUGGGUGGGGGGACUAAUCGAGCAAAAAUUGAUAAUUAGAGGGACAAAAACAGCGGAAGAACAAAGGGAGAGUGUUAGAGCCACAUCAUCGCUUAGCUCCUCGCUAAUGACUCGGCAGGAGGUACUGUAUGCCUUCGCACGACCAAGCAACUCUGCUCCUUACAGAAGCAUGCCGAUUGACAAGACCUUCUCUAGCCUUGAAGCCUCGUUUCUGUUUAAGGCAUUAAGGAACCCCCACGUCAAUACUUCAAUACUCGAAGUGGCGCCCUUCGCGGCAAAUACGCUUGAACACGCUGUGAGGGCCAGCUCGGUCUCCACUAUCGUAUUAGCGGUAGCCGACAGUCACGUCGUCGAGCAGGUGCACUUGAUAGGGGAGUUCCAGGGGCAGCUCCGAAGAAAAGGUGCCAGCUCUGCCGAGGCGCUAGCCGCAAGCGAGCCCUCUCGCUGCGCAGGUUCCUCACAAGCGCACGGUUUUUGCCAAAUACGUUUAAACGCCUUUGAAGCUACUACUCAAGCGCCCAGGCAGUCUGAGAGUCACGUGUUGCAGGGAUCCUCGGCGACAUAUCAGAGAGUUUUCGAUCAGUGGCAAAAGUUCAACACCACGCUCAAAGAAUGA